AUGCAUCUCCCAAAGCUCUUCGCGUCAGGGCUGGUCCUGUUAGUUGUUCCCUCAGCCGUCACCGCCAGAAGAGGCGGAGGCGGAGGCGGAAUUGACACCGACACGUCAAGCGAUGGCGACGGGGGCUCCUCCAGUGCCCCUGGGGGCACCAGCACCAUUGGCGGCGGCAGUACAUCCUGCGGGCCCACAACAGAAAUACUAUACAAGAGCGAUCUCGUCCCCAUGAACUCCUACAACUGGACGAGCAAAGGCGCCAGCAACAGUGGCACAAACCCAACCACAUACGACGGAUCCUACUUCCAGGGCGAGGCAUUCCUGCAUUGGCAAUUCACCGCAGGCCGGCCAUGCCAGAACAGCAGCGGCACUGUACGAAUGCUAGGCUACGCCUGGGUUGGCCCGCAGCCGCCGUACCCCACCGGCCCGACCAACCCCAUCAUCAUCGGGUUCAAGGCGUGGCAGACCAACGACGCCCUCGAGAACAUCACCUUCUCGUACGACUUUCUCCACGACGGGCUGUACUGUCCCACCGCGCCGGAUCUCGUCAAGAUCCAGACCAGCAAUGGAUGGACGGACUACCAGGCGAGUACCGAUAUCCCGCGCGCGGACCGGGCUCGCGCGCAUGAUGUCUUUGAUUUAGACCUGGCGCUGGAUGCGGAGCGACCAGAUUCGGUCCGCUUCAACGGGAGCAUGGUGCCGGGCCUUAAACCCCCGCCGACAUACACCGUGGAGGUUCUCUUGCCCGCGUCGGCUUGCAACCGACAGUCGCGGCUGUCCCUUGGAUAUGGAGAAGAGCUCAAUAUGUCUGGGUCCCUGACGAAUACGACUCUGGAGCUGAGUCUGGCUGGGGUGGGAAAGGGGUCUUACGCCUCUGGCAGUGGAAUCAUGCUCCGUGCGAUGUUUAAUAUCACAUUCUCUGGAACGUUUGAUAGCGGGAACUCGACUCGGGCUGUGGCGAUCAAGCCGGAUACUCAGCCCAUGGUGUUUUGGGUCGAUAACGGGGCUAUGAUGCAUGGCUGUUUGAGCUGGAUGUUGAAGUUGAUGUUCAUCGGGUGGGUCGCCUGGUUUGUCUGCUGCUGA